GGGGUCACCUACCCUGCCUGCCACGGUAUUUGGAGCAAGUGGGCCCCCCCAUUAGAAAGAAGUAGGUUAGCAACCACUUCCUUUUGUGGUUCCUAUGCAGGAGCUGUUAUUGCAAUGCCUUUAGCUGGAAUUCUAGUGCAAUACACUGGGUGGUCUUCUGUGUUCUAUGUGUAUGGGAGCUUUGGUAUAGUCUGGUACAUGUUUUGGCUUUUGGUUUCAUAUGAGAGUCCUGCAAAGCAUCCUACAAUCACAGAUGAAGAAAGGAGAUACAUAGAAGAAAGCAUUGGAGAGAGUGCCAACCUCCUAGGUGCAAUGGAAAAAUACAAAACUCCAUGGAGAAAAUUUUUUACAUCUAUGCCAGUCUAUGCAAUAAUUGUUGCAAACUUCUGCAGAAGCUGGACUUUUUACUUGCUGCUUAUUAGUCAGCCGGCUUACUUUGAGGAAGUGUUUGGAUUUGAAAUAAGCAAGGUGGGUAUCUUAUCUGCUGUGCCACAUUUAGUGAUGACAAUUAUUGUUCCUAUUGGGGGACAAAUUGCAGACUUUUUAAGAAGCAGGCAGAUUCUUUCAACCACUACUGUGAGAAAGAUAAUGAACUGUGGAGGUUUUGGCAUGGAAGCAACUCUUCUUCUCGUGGUAGGAUAUUCUCACAGUAAAGGAGUGGCUAUUUCGUUCUUAGUGCUUGCUGUAGGCUUUAGUGGAUUCGCCAUAUCUGGAUUCAAUGUCAACCAUUUAGACAUUGCCCCGAGGUAUGCCAGCAUCUUAAUGGGGAUUUCUAAUGGAGUCGGGACCUUGUCUGGAAUGGUUUGCCCUAUAAUUGUCGGAGCAAUGACAAAGAAUAAGACACGUGAAGAGUGGCAGUAUGUCUUCCUCAUUGCUGCUUUAGUUCAUUACGGAGGUGUUAUCUUCUAUGGCAUAUUUGCUUCAGGAGAGAAACAACCCUGGGCAGACCCUGAACAGACAAGUGAAGAGAAAUGCGGCUUUAUUCAUGAAGAUGAACUUGCUGAAGAGACAGGGGACAUUACUCAGAAUUAUGUAAAUUAUGGUACCACCAAGUCUUAUGGUGCUACAACCCAGGUCAAUGGUGGCUGGCCUAAUGGUUGGGAGAAAAAAGAGGAAUUUGUACAAGAGGAAGUACAAGACUCAUACAACUACAAGGAAGGAGAUUAUUCAUAACAAACCUAAAUAUUGGGUAUAUUUUGUAGUGUUUGUGAUUAAAUUCAUCGUGAUUGUUUGCACACAGAAAUAAAAUGUGGUAUAAACAUGUAAACACAUAUCAAACAGGAAGGUCUUACUGUAAAAAAAAUACAUCGAAGUGCAAUCUGUAUGAGUUGUGACGUCAUCACUUUCAUUAGGUUAUAUUUGUUCUAUAAACAUUAGAGUUUUAAGGGUUUACUGGUCAAAACUAUAGAGGCAUUAGAUACUUACAGUAUACAAGAGCUAAAACUCAUAACUAAUGAUUAAAGCACAACUAAGCAACCAAGUUGGCACAUCUAAUGCUCUUUUUAGAAAGCCAAAAUUACUUGAUCAUUAAAAAUGCACUUAUAUAUUUGUUACACUGUAUUGAAAGAGAUUGUGUUAAAUACACACGUUUACUCAGUGCAAUGUAGGAAUUGUGUGUUUAGUCUAAGACAAGAGCUUUCUUUAAGAAGAAAGGUUGAGUCCUAGGCACUUACAGAGGAUUGAUCCAGUUCCUUUAAUGGUAAUUGCGUCAAGCCUAAAGAACAAAUAGGGCAUAUUGUAUGUUUAUUGUGAUUACAUGCUGCAGGCUACUCUGUGAUUAAUAAAGGAAUUAUUUAGGAGUUUUAUACUGAAUGUUUGGGCACAAAUUCUUAUUUCUAUUCUUUACAGAAUCUUAUAAAAUUAUAGGCAUUUUCCUGUUCUUCCCUGCAUUUAUCAACCAAUAUAAAACCAAUAUAUAAUGUUAAGUCUGACUUUUCAUGCAGACUGUCAAAUCUCUUUAUCAAAAAGCCAAGCUUUAUUAUUCUAUUCUUUGCAGUAUAUUCCAACUUUGUACUGGUGUCUUUAGAGAAAGAAAAAUCCAAUAUAACCUAGAAAAAGAUAUAGUCUUUUACAAAAUUCCAAAGAGAAAUUUACUAUUAACAAGUAGCCCUAUGAAAAAGGAUGUAUUUGUUUUGCAGAAUAUUUUGAAGCCAAUAGAAGAAACAGAGAAUAAUUUAACCCUUACUCUUCCCUUAAUAGCUUUCAUAUUUUUACACAUCGUGCCACAGUUAUAUACAUAGAUAUAAGUUUAUUGAAGAUACUGUAAUUAUAGAAAAUGUUGCUAUUUUAGAGAUCCCUGAAAUAAAAA